UUCUCCAUUCCUCGGCUCAAUCGCUAGAUCCCGUCCUCCAUCCAUCCCUCCUUCUCUCCAUCCAUCCCUCCGUCCGUGCGCCUGUCCUUUCAUCAUGCAGUGGUUGUCUGUCUGCAGCCUGUUGGUGCUGCUGAGUGUGUCAGCCCAGUCUCAGGCUCAGAACCAGAUCUGUACCAUCUUCACGGAGGCCAAGGAAGAUGGAUUCAAAUCUUUGAUCCUUGUAGGGCUGGCUCAGAAUCUUCCGGAUAGUACGCUGGGUGACUUGGUGCCUCUCAUCGCGGAGGCCUUAGCCAUGGGCGUCAAAUGCUGCUCAGACACUCCUCCAGAGGACUGCGACAGAGAUGUGGCGGACCUGUUCCAGAGCGCGGUGUGUUCCUCUGAGACACUGGUGGAGAAGAACCAUCUGAAGAUGUGCUGUGAGAAGACUGCUGCUGAGAGGACACACUGCUUCCUGGACCACAAGGCCAAGAUUCCUCGGGACCUGUCCCUAAAAGCUGAGCUGCCCGCUGCAGACCAGUGUGAAGACUUCAAGAAGGACCACAAGGCUUUUGUUGGGAGGUUCAUCUUCAAGUUCUCCAAGAGUAACACGAUGCUACAACCACAUGUGAUCCUGGCUAUCGCCAAAGGUUAUGGAGAGGUUCUGACUAGCUGUUGUGGAGAGGCCGAGGCCCAGACCUGCUUCGACACCAAGAAAGCUACUUUCCAACGCGCCGUCGCGAAACGCGUGACUGAACUCAGAGCCCUGUGCAUCGUCCACAAGAAAUAUGGAGACCGCGUUGUCAAGGCCAAGAAGCUGAUCCAGUACAGCCAGAAGAUGCCUCAGGCCUCUUUCCAGGAGAUGGGAGGCAUGGUAGACAAGAUCGUAGCGACUGUUGCCCCCUGCUGCAGCGGAGACAUGGUCACAUGCAUGAAGGAGAGGAAGACCCUGGUGGAUGAGGUGUGUGCUGAUAAGAGUGUGUUGUCUCGCGCGGUGGGUCUGUCUGCAUGCUGUAAGGAGGAUGCGGUACACAGAGGGUCCUGUGUUGAGGCCAUGAAGCCAGACUCUAAGCCAGACGGUCUGUCUGAGCACUACGACGUUCACGCUGACAUAGCAGCAGUCUGCCAGACCUUUACCAAGACCCCGGAUGCAGCCAUGGGGAAGUUGGUGUAUGAGAUCUCAGUGCGUCACCCUGAGUCGUCUCAGCAGGUGAUUCUGAGGUUCGCCAAGGAGGCUGAGCAGGCCUUGCUCCAGUGCUGUGACAAGGAGGACCAUGCAGAGUGUGUCAAAACCGCUCUGGCAGGAAGUGAUAUUGAUAAGAAGAUCACUGAUGAGACUGACUACUACAAGAAGAUGUGUGCUGUUGAGACUGGCAUGAACAAUAACGCCUUUGAGAAGAGUAUGAUGGUGCACUACACCAGGAUAAUGCCCCAGGCCUCCUUCGACCAGCUCCACUUGGUGUCAGAGAGGGUGCAUGAUGUCCUCCAUGACUGCUGCAAGGACGAGCCAGGCCACUUCAUCCUGCCUUGUGCAGAGGAGAAGCUGACCGACGCCAUCGACGCCACAUGUGAGGACUACGACCCCUCCAGCAUUAACCCCCACAUCGCCCACUGCUGCAACCAGUCCUACUCCAUGAGGAGACCCUGUAUCCUGGCCAUCCAGCCUGACACAGAGUUCACGCCCCCUGAGCUGGAUGCCAGCAACUUCCACAUGGGCCCCGAGCUCUGCACCAAGGACAGCAAGGAGCUGCUGCUCUCUGGGAAGAAACUACUGUAUGGUGUGGUCAGACAUAAGACCACCAUCACUGAGGAGCAGCUGAAGUCCAUCUCUACUAAAUAUCACAGUAUGAAGGAGAAGUGCUGUGCUGCUGAGGACCAAGCAGCAUGCUUCACUGAGGAGGCACCCAAGCUGAUUUCUGAGAGUGCAGAGCUGGUCAAGGUUUAAGAUAGAAUUGUGAUGAUUUUAAUUUCAAAAGAUGAACUGAUGAUUUUAAAAAAUAAAAAAAUAAAAGGUUCUGUCUGCAUCGAUCCAUCUACCUCCCCAGCCUACAUUUACACCAUGGUGACCUCAUCCUCCUAUCCGCAACGUAAAGUCAUCCACUCAUAAGUCUGUCUAUCAGUGAUCUGUGAUUGACUCAUAAGUCUGUCUAUCAGUGAUCUGUGAUUGACUCAUAAGUCUGCCUAUCAGUGAUCUGUGAUUGACUCAUAAGUCUGUCUAUCAGUGAUCUGUGAUUGACUCAUAAGUCUGUCUAUCAGUGAUCUGUGAUUGACUCAUAAGUCUGUCUAUCAGUGAUCUGUGAUUGACUCAUACGUCUGUCUAUCAGUGAUCUGUGAUUGACUCAUACGUCUGUCUAUCAGUGAUCUGUGAUUGACUCAUAAGUCUGUCUAUCAGUGAUCUGUGAUUGACUCAUACGUCUGUCUAUCAGUGAUCUGUGAUUGACUCGUAAGCCUUACAGCCUAUCCUCAUCAAACAUCUAUCUGGGAUGAAUCACGCCGCUGGUUAAUUUCUGAUAGACAUGAAUGACUCCUGUCAAUCAAAUACACAUGAAUAACUGAAUAAAGUCAUGUUUAUCAACUGUA